GUCUCGCUGGCCGCGCUGGGCGGGCCUGGCGGAGCCAUGGCGGCCGUGCGGGGCCUGCGGAUCUCGGUGAAGGCGGAGGCGAGCACGACCACGGCGGAGCCGCGCGGCGCCGAGCCCGAGCCCAUGGAGGUGGAAGAGGGAGAGCUGGAGACCAUCCCUGUGAGGCGCUCGCUGCGGGAGCUCAUCCCGGACACCAGUAGGAGAUAUGAAAACAAAGCUGGAAGUUUCAUCACUGGCAUAGAUGUAACCUCCAAGGAAGCAAUUGAGAAGAAGGAGCAAAGAGCCAAACGUUUCCAUUUUCGGGCUGAGGUGAAUCUGGCCCAGAGGAAUGUGGCCUUGGACCGGGACAUGAUGAAGAAAGCAAUUCCUAAAGUAAGGCUGGACACCAUUUACAUUUGUGGAGUGGAUGAGAUGAGCACCCAGGACAUCUUUGCCUAUUUCAAAGAGUAUCCUCCUGCUCAUAUUGAGUGGCUGGAUGACACCUCAUGUAAUGUGGUCUGGCUUGAUGAAGUGACAGCAACACGGGCUCUAAUAAAUAUGAGUUCCUUGCCUGAUCAGGAGAAAACAAAGAGCAGAGAAAACAACAAGGAGAAGACAGCUGAAAAAACCAAGAAAGAAAAACAGGAGGAAAGCUCUGAUGAUGAGACAGAAGAAGGAGAGGUUGAGGAUGACAAUCCCAGUGAUGUGGAGUUGGAUGCCCUCUCCCAGGUAGAAGAGGAUUCCCUCCUGCGUAAUGACCUUCGCCCUGCCAAUAAACUGGCUAAAGGAAACAAGCUCUUCAUGAGAUUUGCUACUAAAGAUGACAAAAAGGAGCUGGGAGCUGCAAGGAGAAGCCAGUAUUACAUGAAAUAUGGCAAUCCAAAUUAUGGAGGCAUGAAAGGAAUUCUUAGCAAUUCUUGGAAGAGGAGGUACCAUUCCAGGAGGAUCCACCGGGAUGUGAUCAAGAAGAGGACUCUGAUUGGGGACGAUGUGGGCUUGACUCCCCCCUACAAACAUCGGCACUCAGGCUUGGUAAAUGUCCCUGAAGAGCCCAUAGAGGAGGAAGAGGAGGAGGAGGAGGAUCAGGACAUGGAUGAAGAUGACAGGGUGGUGGUGGAGUACCGGGAUGAGCUGCAGGCUUUCAAGCAGGCGCGGGAGCGUGGCGCCGCCCGGAGAUCCAGCGCCAGCGCCUCCGACUCGGAUGAGAUGGACUAUGACCUGGAGCUCAAAAUGAUCUCCACCCCCUCACCCAAAAAAAGCAUGAAGAUGACCAUGUAUGCAGAUGAGGUGGAGUCACAGCUGAAAAAUAUUAGGAAUUCCAUGCGAGCAGAUAGCAUAGCCACCAGCAACAUCAAAAACAGGAUUGGCAGCAAAGGAUCCUUGGAGAAAGUUGCAGAUGUGAGGCUCCUGUUGGAAGAGAAACGUCAGAAUAACUCUGGGCCACGGCAGCCAAACAGCACUGUCAAAUCAGAUGUGAGGCAGAGGCUGGGAAAAAGGCCACACUCUCCAGAAAUCAAAGCUCCAAGCAGUACCUGUGCUCCUCGUCGAGAACCAAUCUCAGAUGUGCACAGCAGGCUGGGAAUCCCCAAACAAGAUGUGAAAGGCCUCUACUCUGACACCAGAGAGAAGAAAUCAGGUAAUUUAUGGACCAGAUUGGGGUCUGCUCCGAAGGCACAGGAAAAGACUCCAGAGAAAGCUGAAAACUCUGUGGCAUCUCCAGAGGAAGAUGACUCUGAGCUGCAGAGGGUUUGGGGUGCUCUCAUCAAGGAAAAAGAACAGUCCAGGCAAAAAAAGAGUCGCUUGGAUCAUUUACCCUCCCUACAAAUCGAGAUCAGCCGGGAAAGCAGCUCUGGCUCAGACUCUGAAUCAUGACUGGGUUCACAGCCUGACCCUCCAGGUGCUGCCUCUGCAGCCUGGCAGGAUCCCCUUUGCCCAAAAGCUGGACACUGGCAAAGACUCUGCAGUGAAGGUUCCAGAAGUGACUCUGAUCCUUUUCUACAACAAGAGAGGCAUAAACAAACCACUUGAAACCUAAAGCAAAGACGUUUGUCUGGAGUCUGUGGCUGGCCCUGUGCUCUGUAGGGCAUUGUCAUCUCUGGUUAUGACAGCAAACCUGUAGUGAAUUGUAGCAAAACAUUUUCUCCCCCAAGCUUUGAACUUAAAAGAUGAGGCAGAAAUGCUCUGUAUUUUUAAGGAGACCUUUUCUGUUCUUGAUGUUUUCAUCAUGGAGGCUUUGAACAAAAUGUUUUACACACCUCAUCCAAAGAACAGGGCAUUUACUUCAUGAUCCAGAUCAUUGCCUUGCCCUUCUGGCUCUUACCAACACCUUUCCUUUCCUCUUGAAGUAAUAACAAUAAAGCUUCCUGGGUGGGCAGCCAGCAAGGAUAAAGCAUGAAGGGAUUGAUUAUCACACUCCCUUCCUCCAACACACUGAAUGUAAACCUGAGUUACACAUUUUAUUACUGUUAAGUUCCCUGUAGGUAUCCCAGUGGCACCACCAGAAUCCAAGGAAUCCUGCUCAUUUAUUUUGGUGAUGCCACAUUCUGCUGCAGCAGGGAUUAAGAUGUUCAGGACUGCAAAGUUGGAUGUUUGACAAUUGUGUAAACCCCUGAGGGUUUGGGGGUUGUUGUUUUUUUUUUUUUUUGCUGUUGUUCCACGAGGAGAGAUUAUAUUCCUGUCAUUCCACCUGGAUUAUGUCCUGAAGCAAUCUAUCCAACAGCUGGAAAGCUUUUUUAUAUUUGUGAGAAUCUUCCCAUUGGCCACGGUGAAAGCUCUAGUGGUGUUCUCCUCUGUGCUGUUCUAUCUAUGUAGAAGUGAAAGAGAAAAGGAAAACUUUAGGAUCACUGUCUCCUGUCAAUAUUUUCGAUGUUCUUCCUGUAUAUUACACGUGGAUGUGGACAUGGGUGACUUGUUCCAUUCAGCUUUUUUACCUGCACAUUUUCACCCCUCCCUGGGUAGGACAAGGGUUUGAUCAGUGUGCAGCUGCUAUUUUUUUUUUUUUUUUUUCAUGUUGCCAGUAAUUCUGAGUGAGGAAUAAUGCAGCACAUCACAUUCAGGUAAACAACAGGUAGCAAAACCAUUUUAAUAGUCUGAAAUCUGUUUGCAUUGUCCCUGUUCCUUGGUUCUGUCAGUCUAAAAUAUCUGUGAACUUCUCUUCCCAUUUCUGCUUUCUAACAAGGAACUGCUUCACUUUUUAUUUUUCUGUCCCCCCCUGUUUUUGUACUAAGUUGAGGUAGGUUUGAGAUUUCAGCAAGGAAUCUGCAAAAUUAACUUUUCUUAUGCUUUAUGAUGUGUGAGGAUAGCAGCAUGUCAAAUGAAAGGUCAAAUGACAGGCACAGUGACUGAAGGGGCAAUCUGGGGGCUGACCAGGCUUCAAGCCUUACUCUUUCCUUGUUUUGUGACACUCAUCCUUGAUUUUAUAUUUAAUUAUUGAAUAUAUAAAUGUCUCAUAAAAGUACUGUUGAGAGAAAUGCCUGCAAUGUCUGAUCACUGUAAUAACUCAUUUUAAACGUGUGCUUUCACUGACACCCUCUCCCCACGCUUUCCCAGAGAAUCACUCCCAUCUCCCCAGAUCCUGAUAAAAUUUAUUUCACUGGUGUCUUUUUGCCAGCAAACCUUUGUGUUGUGUCACUGCUUUGAAUCCAUUGGGACCUUUCCUUUUCCUGAAAGGAAUCAACACCUCAUGCACCAAAGCUGGAUUAUUGGGAACCCCUGCCUGGUAUUUCCAUGUCGAUAUUCCUAAUUUAAACCUGGUGGAGGAUAAACUGGUGGGAAUAGAGAAUCUCUUUAGGUCAUCUAAAAGCUGUGUGAAACCAAGCACAGUCCUCUAACCCCCUUAACUCUGCUUCUGCCUUCCAGGUUGUCAGAAAUCUGCCUUAAAAGUUCCCCCACGCUGGUCUGGACUGUGGUUUUAUGGUUUUGGGGGGGUUUCUGUGUGAUAUUGGGCCCACAGGAGCUUAGCUGCAAGAAAAAAUGAGGUUUAUUGUUUAGAGAGGGUUUUGUAAUUGAGCGUGCCUGGUUUUGCUUUUUUACAAUGUACAGAGUGCUGGUAUCAGGAAUCCUUUGGGCUUCCUUGGUUACCUGAGCCAGGGAUUUGGUAAUUAAAAAUGAACUCUGAAUUUUAACUCAGUGCUUUUUCCUGAACGUUUUAACUGCCAUCCAUUUGAUCAAGAGAUUGCAAAGAGAAUUUUGUUCCUUUCUCUUUGUGUUCAGCUGUUCAAUCCUUAGCUAAUGUGAUCUUUCACUCACCUCCCAGCUGUCAUCACCUACAAGAAUUUGAUGCAGAAAUUGAUGUUUGAUAGGGAGACGGGACCUGUGUAUUUCACUAAAAUGUGUUUAUGUUGAAAAUUGAAAAAAAACCGAGAAUGUUGGCUUUGGCUCUUGCUGGAGGAUCUGAAUUUUAGAUUAUUUGUUAUAGCACCACAUUAGUCCUUCUUGUAGGAAGUUUUUGCUGUUUGGAAAAUGUGGAUUUUUGAUAAAUAGUUCCUCAGACUGACUGAA